AUGUCUUUUCGCAAAAGAAAUACGGUUAUUCAAGCUCCAGCGAUUCCGUCGCCGUUGCGAAAUGACUGCAGGCAACUGCCCUCGGGUACUCGCCCAUCACCGUUAGAUGGUCGUUUGACGACAUCAACUGGUACUGCCUCAUUAGAUCAACUACUAGCCGGUCACGCGGGACUCCCACUUGGCAGUUCUCUCCUGAUUGAGGAACCAGGGACAACUGAUUUCGGAGGAGUCUCGCUUCGUUACUUUGCCGCGGAAGGCUUGGUUCAAGGCCACGAGGUUCACAUCCUGGGUGUUGGGCAAAAUUGGCGCAGAGAGCUUCCUGGUCUGGUGGAAACAAGUGAGCAACCGGUCCAAUUGGAUUCUUCGUCGAGUAAGAUGAAGAUAGCAUGGCGAUACCAGGGCCUCGGAACUCAGUCAACCAAGAAAGGUAAACGAAGCAUAGCAUUAGAUCUUGGGACUGGAGGCGUGGCCGGGCGUGCCACUUCCGGGAGCGCCAAUUCCGGGAACAUAUUUUGUCACACUUUUGACCUGUCAAAAAGACUAGAGGCAAACAAUAUUCACGGUCAGCUUAUCAUACAUCCUGGUCCAUCACCUACAAACGACACCUCCGAGGACUGGUUCUCGAAAUUUGUUUGUGAGCUCCGCUCGAAAUUGAAGGCUGUGCCCGCAGUGCACCGGGUUAUCAUACCAAACCUUCUGUCUCCUACCUUGUAUCCCUCCAGGUUAUGCAAGCCUCAAGAGAUCCUCCGGUUCCUACACAGCUUACAGGGCUUGCUGCGCCAGUUUCCUGCUCAACUGGCUGCCCUAGCUUCACUACCAAGCUCUCUACAUCCACGACAUUCUGGACUUUGCAAAUGGAUGGAAAUUAUGUUUGAUGGGGUGAUUGAACUUGUUCCUUUGCAUCAACCAACAUAUGUGAAAGAAAGCCCAUCAGAGCGAAGCAAAGCUCAAGGACUGGUUCGCAUUCACACAAUGCCGAUAUUUCAUGAACGAGGUGGGGGGAUGGAAGGAUGCUGGAAGCGAGAAGAAAUGUCUUUUCGGCUCACAACUUCGCAUGGGCUUGAUAUAACGCCUUUUAGCUUGCCUCCUGUUGGGUUAAGCGAAGAAAGGGUAUCUGCAUCACUCCCAGAGCAGCCGAAAAGCGAGGAUCUUGACUUCUGA